GAGGGUGCUCCGAUCGAUGCGACGGCGGCCGAGCGCGUUCGCAUCGCCGACGUUGGUUUGGUUUCGCGCGGCUCGCUCGGCGUGGUAUUCCGCUGACGAUUGGCCGAUCGACAUCGACCCGGUAGGCAGUGCGUGCAUGCGUGCGUGCGUGCGUGCGUGCAUGCGUGCGUGCGUGCGUGCCCUCUGCUGCACGCGUAUAUUCUCAGCGUGUCUCUGCGUGCUUAUUUCCUCGGUCGUCCGCUUUUUCGCGAAAUCGGCACGAUUGAUGGUGAUCUUCACUCGUUGACUCGUCGCGCGAAAUUUUCUCUUCGCCACCGAAUGUGCCGCGGUAGCGUACCAUCCGUUGCAUUUUUUUGUUUAUCCACCCGAUGGUCGGCAACGCUCGAGAUCGUCGUCGCGAUAUGAACACGAGGCGCUCGGCCACGGCCGGUGGUGACAGCUGUCACAGGGACGUCGGAGUCAGGACACUGCGGCCAGACGACAGGACACCGCGCGGACGUCGGGCGCCGAUCGAGCUACUAUCCCCAUGCUUGGUAGCGGUUUUCUUGAAACCACUUUAAUGUCGCUUACAGAAAUACCCCUCGAGCAUGGGCUCGAGCAGGAGAUCCGGCUCCGGCGGGAGCCGAGCGAACGCCGGCGUUCUCAAGGAACGCGCCAACAUGUCGUUCAUGCUGGUCGUCAUGUUCUUCGCCGUGUUCGGCCUGAUCGUCCUCACGGAGAUAUUCCUGAUCGACGAGAGGCGCGGCGUGAGCAUCGGCGGCACCGGCGUACUCGGGGGUCACAGGAGCGGUCAUCGAUUGCCAGCUGCGCCCGAUCGUCCGGAUUACGGGGAAGUAGGGGCCGAAGAUUACGCCGGUUUGAAGGGUAGCUUUGACGAGCAUGUCGGAUUACUAGUACACGGGGAGGACGGGGGCCAGAAGACGGUGAUACACCCGGAUCCGCGGGGCUUACCGAGCUUACCCCCCAGCUUGGAAGCUCGUUUACCACAGCUGGAUCAGAACCUAAAGGUCACGCAUGCCGAAUGGUUGCCGGUCACUAACACGAGGUUUAAAUUUUUCGUUUAUUCGGCAUACUUCGACGACAGAGUUAGCGGCGCGGGCACGCCGGCUGGCAAGAGUCAAGGUGUAGUACGUGUGAUUAGUGCUACUAAAACCAGAGGACCAGAGCGUGUCUGGUGUAGACUCUGGUACCGACAGCAAAACGGCGCAAACGUCACUGCCUCGGUUACAGUAGCUGCCAAAGUUAAGGUGAUUCGGGAGAACUGGAAUCUCAAGUACAGUGCCUGCUUCGUGAUAUGUCCGUUGCCUAAAGAAUCUCCGACGACGGAUAGAGUACCGGAAGCGGUCAGUGUCGUGGCGAGAUUGCGAGCGGUCCCGACGAAUCGUAUUCUCAUACAAAAUCGUCUCGAGAGCAGAACGAAUGACAAAGAGGCUUUGGCUGUUUGCGUCAAGCCUUUGCAUUAUUAUUACAAUAGGGUUUUGCAAUUGGUGGAAUUUAUCGAAUUGCACAGACUCCUGGGUGCCACCCACGUCACUUUGUAUAACGAUACUAUAGGCGCGGCAGCCAGCUGUGCGCUGAAAUAUUACGAGAACAAGGAUCUGGUCACUGUGUUACCGUGGCAUCAUCUCGACAUGAUUUCCCAACGGGAAAUUCGCACCGAAGGUCUCUUCGCGGCGCUUAACGAUUGCCUCUACCGAUCUAUGUACAAGUACGAGUACGUGGCGCUCGUAGAUCUCGACGAGUAUAUUAUACCGAGGCAUAACGACACUAUAAUCGAUCUGUUACGGUGGAUGGGAAAUCGAAUUAACAUCAAGUCCACGGGCGCAUUUUCUUUUCAAAAUGCCUUUUUCUACCUACAAUGGGCCGAUGAUCCAUUUGUGGUAACUAGUCGUACUCCUACCGAGGCCGGUUUAAUCACUCUGAAGAAAACACGGCGCAGGGCCAAGUUACAUCCGCACAAGCAACGCUCCAAGUAUAUCUGUAAACCGCAGGACGUGGUGGAGGCUGGUAAUCAUUUCGUCUGGGAGUUUAUUCCGGGUCAUGGUACCCUGAAUGUGCCUUCCGACGCCGCGAUCUUGCACCAUUAUCGUGUCUGCGAAUUUGGCGGCGACGACUGUAUCAAGACACAGUCGACGAUUGAUAGAACGGCCUACAAGUAUAGGGAACGGCUUGCCACGAAUGUGGACAGGACGUGGAUGGAACUGCGCGCCGAGUGCUCGCUUCCGGAACUUGAUCCAGUCCCAGCGUUGACACCGCGAAUCAAAGCCAGCCCCCUAGACAAAUCGGUCAGGUAGCGAAAAACCAUCGUUGAGAUUCUAUGGGACAAUUUUACCGGCACGCCGAAAGUUGCGAGGACCUAUUUCUACAACUACGGCGGCCCUUAAUUUUCUCAAACUGAGCUAAGCGAACUCUCGUCUUUUUUUUUUUUUUUAUAAAAUUCUCACUGGACCGUGUUUUUAAAUUUGCGAAACAGGAGAAUACGCUUACCAACGUGGUAAUAGAGAUUGUCGUGAAAAUAAAAAAGUAAAGAGAAAAAACGAAACGCGAAUUAAUCAUAUUUUUCUACGUGACGGCUUCUUGAAUGGUUAGCAAAAUUUGGAAACAACCUGCCAAGUCUGUCGAGUUUGACGCUAAGAUAGUGAUGCUUCUCUCUUACAAUUUUAUACAAACUCUUAUAUCUGUGUCUUACAGUUUUUUUUGUUCAUGCAAUAAAUGUGAUCAUCUGCGACAGAUUGUAUUAUCGUUAAGAAAGAUUGUUACGGAAGGCCUAAAUUACGGGCUAGAUGAAUGAAGUUGGUGAUAAACGACAAGUAACACUAAAUAUUAUUCCUAUUGUACCGUUAUUUCGAGGGUUAAACCUUUUUUUAGAUACUUGUAAAUCCACACAACGUAUCUUAUGCAUAUCCAUAGAAUCAAUAAUUAGCAUAGUAAUAUAUGUAUAAUAUGUAUUUAGGUCUGUUAGAAAUUAAAUCUGCAAAGACAGCCUAGAAUACAAUAUGUUCUGGAAAAAAACAUUACUUCAGAUACAAUCCAUUGAAAAUUUUAAAAUCCAAUACUAGAAAAAACACAAAUUUUUAUUUAAACAAAGAGAAAUAUCAAAUAGAAUGUUUUUCUCAAUUCUUCCAAGAUAUUACAAAUUUGUUUCAAGGAAUAGAAUCUUUAUUUCCUUCAGCGUUAUGCCAAGAAGAGGUUAAAUUUAUUUUAAGGAUCUUGCUGGCUCACUGCAGCCAUGUUUAAUUUUAUAUAAUUAAGGAUUAAUUAUAUUUGAUCAAGAAAAAAACAAUUUAAUUUUACAUAUAUUGUUAUUUAUGAUUUGAUUACCAAAACAAAAGAAUGUUUUGCAAGUUUGUUCUAUUAAUUAAAAAUAUUGUUAUGAUGAAAAAUAUUUUAAUAUAUUUGUUUAUUAUCCUGCUUCUGACAUCGUUAAUUCAAGAUAGCUUCACUGAACCAACAGCAACCUUGAUAUAAAAUUAAAUUGAAUUCAUUUAUUUUUACUCAGAUAUACAAUAUCUUUUUAUACACAGAAGUAUAAAUGGCUUUGUGAUACAAUAUAUAUUAUGCAAUUCGUCCGCGUUUGCAAUUGUCUUUAGUCGAAAAAAUACAUUAAAAAUUUCACACAAUGCGAAAUGAACUUUUUAUAUCUAAAUGUUUUUUAAAACAAGAUAACAACAUAAAGAAUAUUGAUUUUGUUGCGUAAAAUUCUAUGAUUACUAACUCUCAUUACUAACAAUUAUUUAAGUAACAAACAUCGAAAAUUUUCGUUGGAUAUAUACAAGUAAAUCAAUGGUGAGACUUGAAAGAAUUGCACAAGGGAAUUUGAUAGAAAAAUUAAAUGUUUGAAAUACAAUUUACGAGAUGAUAAAAAAAAGAUUUUUUUCUCAUCAACUGAAUUGAUACUUGUAACGCUGCUGUGGCAGAUUUAAUAUGAAAUAAUAUGAAAAGUCUUUCUAUUUAUUUGUUAAUACAAAAGAAUUAUGUUUCUAACGCAUAUACAAGUUUAUGUAUAUAUGUGUAUACAUGUAUACGUACACGAUAUGUACAUGGAAUGUAAAAUAGAUUUAAGGUACAUGUGAUUGGUGCUGAGCUAUAGUAUCGACGAUGUGUCGAUACUGAUGAUUAUGUUGACGAAAUUAAUAAAUAUAAUACUAGGAUAA